GGAGAAGAAUCCAUAGACUGGUGGAGUAAGUUCUACGCAUCCACUGGAGAGAAUAAUAAGUGUGGGACCUAUCUGGAAAGAGGCUUCGAUACUCUGAAGGUGUACGACCGUGAGUUAGAAAAGAUUGAGGAGUUUGGGGGUCUCUCUGAUUUCUGUCAAACAUUUAAACUGUUCAGAGGAAAGACUCGGGAUGAAGGAGAUGACCCGUCAGUGGUGGGAGAGUUCAAGGGCAUGUUCAAGAUCUAUCCACUGCCAGAUGACCCAUCAGCCUCUGCUCCCCCCAGACAGUUCAGAAAGCUUCCUCCCAACGGGGUUGAGGAGUGUCUGGUCAGGGUCUACAUAGUCCAGGCUCAAGCACUGCAGCCGAAAGAUACCAAUGGAAAGUGUGACCCUUAUGUAAAGAUCACUUUGGGGAAAAAGACCAUCAGUGACCAUGACAACUACAUCCCCUCUACCCUGGAACCCGUUUUUGGAAAGAUGUUCGAGUUAACCUGCUCCCUCCCACUGGAGAAGGACCUUCGGGUGAUGCUGUAUGACCACGACAUGCUAACCAAAGAUGACAAGAUUGGAGAGACAGUGAUUGAUCUAGAGAACCGCUUCCUUUCUAAACAUGGGGCCAUGUGUGGCCUGCCUCAGUCCUACUAUGUAUCAGGGAUAAACCAGUGGCGGGACCAGCUGACACCCAGGCAGCUGCUGUGCAGACUGUGUGACCGUCGAAACCUGCGGAAACCCGUGUUCGAAGACAGAGCAGUUCUAUUCAGAGGACAGAGGUACACGGCUGCAGACCUGGAGGACAAACAUGAAUCCAAACGUCACCUCGGCCCACUCAAGGAACAAUUGUCUCUUCACAUCUUAAGGAAAAUGGGCCUGGCUCCUGAACAUGUGGAAACCAGGCGGCUGUACAGCCCACUGCAACCUGACAUAGAGCAGGGAUCUCUGAUGAUGUGGGUGGACCUCUUCCCCAAAUCUUUGGGACCACCUGGACCCCCUUUCAACAUUACACCACGAAAGGCCAAGAAGUUCUUCCUGCGCUGCAUCAUCUGGAACACCAGUGAUGUCAUCCUGGAUGAUGUCAGCUUGAGCGGGGAGAGGAUGAGCGACAUCUAUGUUAAAGGUUGGCUGGAGGGGCACGAUCACAACAAGCAGAAAACCGACGUCCACUACCGCUCUCUGGGUGGCGAGGGAAACUUCAAUUACAGAUUCCUGUUUCCCUUCCACUAUUUGCCUGCUGAGCAGCUGUGUGUUGUCGACAGGAAGAGUUUUCUCUUGCUGGCGUUUACUCGCCUCAUACAGGCUAUGGGCCACCUGGUCAUGGACCUGAACCACAUGCUGCGUCCCGCCAAGUCUCCAGAGAAAUGUACCCUACAGCUGCUCGACCAGCCGCUGGACAAACUGGUGUCUCUGUUUGAGCAGAAGACGGGGAAGGUGGAAAUGUCUCUGGAGAUUGUGACGGAGCACGAGCAAGAGGAGAGACCGGCUGGCCCCGGCAGAGACGAGCCCAACAUGAACCCUCACCUGGAGGAGCCUCAGCGUCCCGAGACAUCCUUCCUGUGGUUCUCAUCUCCCUAUAAGACCCUCAGGUUCAUCCUGUGGAGGCGAUUCAAGUGGUUUAUCAUCCUCUUCAUCAUCCUUUUCCUCCUCCUCCUCUUCUUUGGUGUCUUCCUCUACUCCUUCCCGGCAAGUUUAAAACACAUUUUGAAUACAGUUCUUCUCUAA